AUGGAUGCACUAAACCAAACAAGAGUGGCUGAAUUUGUCUUCUUGGGACUUACUGAUAACUGGGUACUGACGGUAUUAUUUUUCAUGGCAUUCUCAGCCAUAUAUGUGCUCACUCUUUGGGGGAACAUCCUCAUCAUGGUCACCAUAAUCUUUACUGAACAUCUCCAUAGCCCUAUGUAUUUCUUCCUGAGCAACCUGUCGUUUAUUGACAUCUGCCACUCAUCUGUCACUGUGCCCAAGAUGCUGGAGGGUUUGCUUUUAAAGAGAAAGACCAUUUCCUUUGACAACUGCAUCGCACAGCUCUUCUUCCUCCAUCUGUUUGCCUGUGCUGAGAUCUUUCUGCUGACCAUUAUGGCCUAUGAUCGUUACGUAGCCAUCUGCACGCCGUUACACUACACCACUGUGAUGAACAUGAGGGUCUGCAUACAGCUUGUCAUUGCUCUCUGGCUGGGGGGUACUGUUCACUCUCUGGUGCAGACCUUCUUGACCAUUCGUCUGCCUUACUGUGGCCCCAACAUUAUUGACAGCUACUUCUGUGAUGUGCCUCCUGUCAUCAAGCUGGCCUGUACAGAUACAUAUCUCACAGGAAUGCUGAUGGUGUCCAAUAGUGGAACCAUCUCCCUCGCCUGUUUCCUGGCUUUGGUCACCUCCUACACAGUCAUCUUGGUUUCUCUUAGAAAACAGUCAGCUGAAGGGCGCUGGAAAGCCCUGUCUACCUGCUCAGCUCACUUCAUGGUGGUUGCCCUCUUCUUUGGACCAUGUAUCUUCAUCUAUACUCGGCCCGAUACCAGCUUCUCCCUUGACAAGGUGGUAUCUGUCUUUUACACAGUGAUCACCCCUUUGCUGAAUCCCCUCAUUUACAGUUUGAGGAAUGAGGAAGUAAAAAGUGCCAUCAAGCAUCUCAGACAGAGACAAGUUUUUUUCGUGAAAUCGUGUACAUGA